AUGCUUCGCCAGUCGCUCUCAGCUGUGAAAAAGGCUACCCAAAGUCUCUACACCCACGAGGCCCUGAGCGACCCGAGGCUGGACCUCAACAUCACCGAACCCGCCGUGUUCGUGCCUACGUUCACCGACAAGCCAGCCGUCCUCCGGGGCACCUGUCAACUAAAUGUCAAGGAUACCCUGACUGUGAAAAGAGUGACCGUGAACUUUCGCGGGACGAGUCGUGUUACCUGGCCGCAUGGGCUGCAUGACAUCCAGACCGUGACGGACAAUACGCUAACACUGUUCAGCUCCGGGAGCCUAGAGCCCGCUCUACCCUGCUACUCAGAGUCCGAGCCAUCAUGGCCCAGCAAACGAUGCAAGCUGUGGCAUGCCGUCACGUCCAGACUAUGCUCAGGCGGAAGCCACGAGAAAAGCGCAGGAACUAAGUUAUCUGCCGGGACCCACACAUAUAACUUCGAGAUGGUUUUGCACUCGCACCUCCCCGAGUCCAUCCAAAUCCGGCAGAGUCAGGUACGGUACCGGGUUCGCGCGUGCGUCGAGUGCCCUGGCAUCCUGAAGCGCAGCCUUGCGCUCAACAAAGCUAUCACGACGGUCCACUGCCCGGCGGAAGACGAGGUGGACGAUGCCGAGCCCGUGUACAUCGCCCGGGCCUGGAAGGACCUCGUCCAGUGUGAGGUUCUGGUGUCGCGGAGAGGAGCUCCCCUCGGCGACGACCUACCGGUGACCGUAAUGUUCACCGAACUGGCUACAGCCAAGUUCCGGGGCCUGCGGGUCUUCCUCUCGGAGAAUGUCCAGUACCUCCAAAGGGAUGGGCUUGUUGGCUGCCCGGGCCCUUUUAGGCGCGUUCUGCUGUACGAAAAAGUGGACGGGCUGGUCUCCACCCUGUCGCUCCGUCGGGCCAGCAAUGACGAGCGCCCAGACUCGGGCAAAGGCGAGUGUGCCGUUGCGAAGAUGGUCGGAGAUUCCGAGACGCCAAGCGAACCCGCGCGUGAGGGCGAGACUGAGAGUGAGACCACGCUGGACUUGAUCCUACCGCUGCCGAUGUGUCACCUCCAUUCCCAGCCGGAUAGCUCUGGCAUGCAGAGCAUGCAUUUCGACACCCGGUACAAGAACGUGCGGGUGCGCCACUGGCUCGAGUUUGUGUUUUUGAUGACCCCCAAGGAUGGGUUUGACUCCAGCCAUGAUCGCAUCGUGCAGAAGAUGGCCAAGGUCCCACUGGCACUCCGGUCAUGCUAUGCCCAGCAUGCCAAUGCGUCCCUUCCGGCGUACUCCUAG